AUGGCUGCGCAUGGCCUAGCCCACCCUUCAGAGCUGGCGUUUGUCUUGGAGCCCAGCGAUGUGAUUGCCGUCCGGGAUCGGCCGCUCCUCUUGCACUGCCACGUGGAAGGCGAGGCGCCCAUCGCCAUCACCUGGUACCGCAACACCGCACCCCUCUCCAAUGAUAGCCGCGCGGCCAUCUUAGCCAACGGCUCGCUUCACCUGGAAAGCGUCCACCGGCGGCCCCGGGGAGGGGCUGGCGGGGGUCCUGAUGCCACAGCCAACGCCACAGAUUCGAGCGCCGGAGAAUACAGCUGCACCGCCCAGAAUCGUUACGGUCUCCUCGUCAGCCGCAAAGCUCGAGUCCAGAUUGCCACCUUGUCCAAGUUUCACAUGCAUCCCGAAUCCAUGUCGGUAGAAGAGGGAGGGGUUGCACGUUUCCAGUGUUACAUCCAGGGAGUCCCAGAAGCCACCAUCACCUGGGAGCGCAACCGCACGGCCUUGAUGACGGAUGAUUAUCGGUACACCUUGCUUCCCACAGGCAUCCUGCAGAUCACAGGGGUGAGGCGUUCCGAUGUGGGCACCUACCGCUGCGUGGCCUCCAACAUUGCCAACACUCGCUACAGCCAGGAGGCCACGCUGAGCAUCAGCGGUGAGCAUUUGGUCUCCGCUCCCAAACUUUACAAAGAGCCCGUCAUCCUAUCGGGCCCACAGAACUUGACCAUCACGGUUCACCAGACGGCUAUCUUGGAGUGCAUCGCCACUGGCAACCCCCGACCCAUUGUGUCCUGGAGUCGCCUGGAUGGGCGCUCCAUUGGGGUUGAAGGCAUCCAGGUCCUCGGCACCGGCAAUCUCAUGAUCUCCGACGUGUCAGUGAAGCAUGCCGGCGUUUACGUCUGCGCGGCAAACCGCCCCGGCACCCGUGUGCGCCGUACGGCGCAGGGCAUCCUCAUGGUUCAAGCCCCACCCGAGUUCGUGCAGUGGCCCCAAUCCGUCUCCAAGCCGGCCGGCGGCAGCGCCAUCUUCACCUGCGUCGCCCAGGGUGUCCCUGAACCUCACCUGAUCUGGCUGAAGAACGGGAAGGUCCUGGCGCCCGGGGAGAACGUCCGACUCACCCACAACAACAGCACCCUCAUGAUUCAACGCAUCACCUCCGCGGACGAAGCGAUCUACCAAUGCAUUGCCGAGAACAGCGCAGGCACCAACCAGGCCAGCGCCCGGCUGGCGGUGGCCCUGGCGAAGGAGCUGCCCAGCUCUCCCGAAGGGGUGCAGGCCUCCGCUUUGUCCACCACCUCCAUCCAAGUCUCUUGGCUCAAACCCCCCAUGGAAGUGACCGAGGCCAUCAUCGGUUACGUCCUCCACAUCCGCAAGGCAGGAGAGUCCGACAGCCGGGAACUUCAAGAGGCGGUCAGCAAAACCACCUUCCAGCAUGUCUUCACCAACCUCGAGCCCUCGACGACCUAUUCCAUCUAUCUGAAGGCCUACUCGCCCCUCGGUGCCAGCCAGGACUCCCAGCCCAUCCUGGCCACCACGUUGGGCAACAUCCCUGCCGCGUUGAGCUUCUUCACCAAAGUCUUGAACGCCAGUGCCAUCCAGGUCUUUUGGGAGCUCCCCACCAAGCCGGGCCGAAUCGAAGGCUUCAAGCUUUACCUCCGGAAGCUGCCCGAGGGCCACUACGAAGGGCCCCAUCUCUUGCCUGGCACGACCAACUCCUUCGUCUAUAGCGACUUGGAGCCCUCCGCCCUGUACGAGAUCAAACUUCAGGCCUUCAACGGGAAUGGUGACGGAAACAGCAGCGCCCGAUUUGUCUCGCUCAAGGAGAACUCGGAGCGGAUGGACGCCAACUCGGUGUGCCACUGUGGUCAAGAUGGGGAAAGCUCCCUCGCCGGAAUCGUGGUGGGAGUUCACAUAGGCAUGGCGUGCAUCAUCUUCUGCGUCCUUUUCCUCAUGUUUGGCUACCGCAAGAGGUGAGUGGAAAG